AUGAAUGUUGGGACUACUGAAGGCUUUUACGCUUCAACUGUUGAAACUCAGACCAAAGGAGAAAUUCAGCUACAACACAGAGUCGACCUCUUAUGAAUGCGUCUUAGAGGUGCCUUAAAUACUGCUAUUCGGCUAUCAGGAUUAAAGAAAGACAUUCAACUUUUUGGAACCCAGCCACAUUAUUGAACAAUGGUUCAAGAAACCAAACAAAGACCAAAGGAUGACCAUCUUUUCAGACCUGACUCGUUUUUUAGUCAGGUUUGGGUUUGCAUUCUUUGGCCUUUUUUAAUUUGAACUGCUAUAGGUUUUCCUUUUACUGUGAGUUUUCAAACUAAGCACCCAUGGCAGCUAGAAACUACUAUUGACUGUCUGAUCUUUUUAAAUAUGCUGUUUAUCGUAAAUUCCAUAUAUGUCAAAAGCAAUUACAAAAUUGUGACAUCUAGAAAAGAUAUUGUUAUUAUGUACAUUAAAAGCUGAUUUAUUAUUGAUGUAGCUGCCAUGAUUCCAAUGGAAUUCUGAAAGUGAACUAUUAAUGAUCCUGACGGAUCAUUAUGUGACUUAUUAAAAUUCCUUAAAUUACUUCGCCUUUUCUUAUUGUACCGAUAUUCCGGAAUUUUACAAAACACAAAUUUCCUAUCUCGGUGGAUAAGCGAAAACAAAAACAAAAAAAAUCAAAAAAUUAUGACGAUUUUCAGAAUUUUUAAAAUUCUGGUCACUUAUUUUAUAGUUGUACAUAUAAUUGGAUGUUUUUGACAUAUAAUAGGAAGGCUGCAGAUAUCGAAUUAUGAGUCAUGGAUGAACCGGUAUGCAAUGACGGACGAUUCGAUUUUUUCACAGUAUAUAACUUCUAUUUAUUUUGUAUUUACCACACUUACUACUGUUGGCUACGGAGAUAUAGUAGCAAGGACGAAAGUUGAAAAAGUGUUCGCCAUAUCCUUGAUGGCUUUUGGGAGCACUUUUUAUUCUUAUACAAUCAGCACCUGGAUGUCAAAAUUAAAAACAAUUGAUAAAAGGAGGUCGCUGAUUGAUACAAGACUAAAAAGUCUUAAUGAAUUAUACCUUGUUUGAGUAUUUAAAGACUUUAUUAUAAUAAAUUUAACGGUUUUAGAUCUUUCUCCAGAAGAAAAAAAAGCUUAUAUAUUUAUUUUAAAAAAAAAAGUAUAUCAAAAGACAUAAAUUUGCCAGAUGAGGUCAAAAUAAAAGCCAAACAUACAAUUAUUGAAAAUUUCAAAGAAAAUUUAUCAGAAGAUAUAGAUGAAGCUACUAUGCUUAGCGAGCUUCCUUCAUCUCUAAAAGCAGAAGUCACUCUUUAUUUAUAUAGAAAAGUAAUCGAUAACAUAUAUUUUUUCAACCUAAGAAACCCUUCAUUUCUGUCAGCUAUCGUCCCAAAGCUGAAAAGCAUGACUGGAAACCGGUCAGAAUAUGUAUACCGAGAAGGAGAAAUAGCUGACGAAAUGUAUUUUUUAAAAAAAGGAAGAGUCUUAUUUAGAGCUUCAAAUGGGGUCGCUUUCAGAACAAUGGCAGAUGGGUCAUAUUUUGGAGAGCAUGAACUUAUUAUUAAUUCUCCUCGUCUGUUUUCUAUUGAAAUUUCUGUAAUAUCAAGCUUCCUUGUCCUCUCAAAAAGGGAUUUUAUUAUCAUUAUGAACGAAUUUCCAGACGUUUAUGAAGAAAUCAAAGAAAUCGAUAAAGCCCGAGCUUCAAAAUUUUCUGCAUCUCUGGCGCAUUCUUUAAACUUAAUCCCAAACACAAAGCUGCCUGAUCUGAAUUAUUCAGAAAACAGCUUGAUUUCAGUAUCUGAAAAAGAUGAAGAAAGCGUCCAUCGCUUAUUCAGAGCUGACACUGGGAUUAUGGUAGCCAGUAUGCAGUUUUCAGCUGAUAAAUUUAAAAACUUAAGCUUAUGGUCACAUGUGCUUUCUAGCAAUAAUCGUCGAGGACCUCGGCGGUCAUCUACAGUCUACGCUGAAGAUGACGACGAAGGCAUCAAAAUGAUGAGAAGACGCAAAAAAUCAAUUUUAACAUCAGUUCCAAAAAUCAACGGCAAUGAAGAAGGAAUGAGACACAGAAGCGCAACGCUUGAUUUUAGGUCAAUUUCGCCAAUACAUUUACCUCUAUCUUUAAAUUUCACAGAAAUGAAGAGCUUUGAGCCAGUUAGUCAGAGGGAGUUAAAAAUCCCUGCGACUAAUAGAACACAGGCGACCAAAAUUUCAGCGUCAGAUAACUGGAUUUAUGAUGAAAGCACACUUUCAGAGCUCUUGGGGUUUGAAUUGACUCCUAGGGAUGAAAAUACGGCUGAUAGCGAAAUUUUGAUUAAAUUAAAUCACUCUACAAAAAAAAUUAAUGAAGACCAAAAAAUCAUACAGGAUUCGAUUUUGGAAAUAGAAAACCAGCAGAUUGGGAUUAUGAGAAGUCUGGAUUAUAUUGAAGAUUUAAUCAGAAAUUAUUAA